AUGGCAAUUGAGACUGGAACUCCCUCUGCGACUGGAACUCCCUCUGCGAAUAUUGCACCAGCGGUUACUCCUACAACCCGUACCUCUGUGCCACCGGCUGAGAAACCUGUGAAGUUCACCGGUGCCAACUUUAAAGGAUGGCAGCAAAGAAUGUUCUUUUGGCUUACCACUCUUGGUAUGCAAAAGUUCACCAGUGAGGACCCUCCCGUGCCUGCCGCCGACAUGCCUAACAAUGAAAAGUUCAUGGUUACUGAGGCUUGGAAACAGGCUGAUUUUUUGUGCAAAGGCUACAUUUUGAGUGCCUUAAAAGAUGACUUGUACAACGUCUACAGUGCAGUAGAGACCUCCAAAGAACUAUGGAGUAUGGUAGUGAAUGAAGCGUUCCAAGUGGCUGCAAUGAUUGAGAAGUUUCCGCCCUCAUGGAAAGAUUUCAAAAAUUAUCUUAAGCACAAGAGAAAGGAAAUGAAGUUGGAGGAUCUUGUGAUUCGUCUCAAGAUCGAGGAAGAUAACAAAACCGCUGAGAAGAGGUACCGUAAGAGUUCACCGAUUGAAGGGGCAAAUGUCAUUGAAGAUGCUGCUUCGAAAAAAGAACAAGAAAAGGAAGAGGCCUUCUGCCAUAAAGCUCCCGACUGUCGUGCCCCCAAGAAGGACAAAGAGAAAAACAAGGGUCAGGCAAACAUGGUGGAAGAUGUUGAUGACCUGUGUGCAAUGCUGUCUCAGUGCAACCUGGUUGGUAACCCAAAGGAGUGGUGA